AUGAGUCCCUCUGCUCCUGCGUCGGAGUCCACAGCUCCAGUGACAACUGAGGCCCAACAACACGAGACCAAGGUUCAGCUCGCUGGCAAGGUCAUCGCCGGUAUGCCCUACCUCGAAAUGUUAACUGGUGCCAACCGUGGUAUUGGACUGGGCGUUGCAGAGUCUUGUCUUGACAAUGGCGCCGCCGCUGUUUACUCAAUAGACAUUGCUACUCCUGGCGAUGAGUUUGCUACCGCCCAGAAGAAAUGGGGCAGCAAGUUGCGCGCCAUCUCGGCUGACACAACCAAAGAAGCAACAAUCACUGCUGCCGUCGACAAGAUCAUCGAGGAGCAAGGCGCCAUCCACGGGAUGGUGGUGAACGCCGGCAAGACCAACCACAAGGCCGCCCUGGACUUCACCGAGGAGGAGAUUCUGUCGUUGUUCAACAUCAACCUGUUUGGUGCCUUUUACUCGGCUCGUACUGCUGCGCGCGCCUUCAUCAAGCUCGGCAUCAAGGGUGCCAUUGUCUUCACAGCCUCCAUGGCCUCGUAUCGUCCCAACAAGCGCGUCCCGUCCGCGCCUUAUGGCGCUACCAAGGCUGGCAUCCGCAACAUGACGCACACUCUCGCCAUGGAGUGGGCCAAGUACGGCAUCCGUGUCAACUCGGUGUCGCCAGGUCUCGUUGAGACCGCCAUGACCUACUGGGUGCCUCAGCAGCCGGACUGGGAGCAGCAGUUGAAGUACUAUGGCGGUAUGCCCCGUCUUGCGCAGAUCCAAGAACUAGGUGGCGCGUAUGUAUACUUGUUGAGCGACGCAGCAAGCUAUACCACGUCCAUCGAUAUCCCAGUGAAUGGUGUUAUUGGAAGUAAGUUCUUUCGCAUUCUCCUGGUUGUUGCAUGCUAACGAAACGCCAGUCUGCUAAGCGGUGGGCAAAAGAGGACUCGAUUGUGGACAAGGCAUCGCUUAGACAGUACCGUAGACCUGAAUUGAGUUGCUUCGUGAUAAAGACGUUAUUAAAGUUUGAGUGGCCAAAGUGGAAUGAGAUCGGAGAU